AUGAGUUUUGAAGAUAAGAAUAGAAUAAAAACUGCAUUGUUGAUUAAUUAGAGUUAAAUACCUUGGAAAUUUAUGGAGAGUCAAUAUUAGAUUAAUUUAACUAUUAAUGGAUAUAUUUAAUAUAUAAGAGAUGGAUAAAUUCAAAAGAUGUAUUAAAAUAAAGUAAUAAUUUAAGAGAAAUGAAAAAUGAUUCAUCUAUUAUAGAGAUGAGAAAUUUUGAAUAAAUAAAGAAUUUAAGAUGGGAUGGAUAAAUUGGAAAUAAAAAUAAGAGAAUAGGAAGAUGGAGAGUAUUUUGGGGAGGGGAAAGAUUAAACAUAGGUGGAUAUUAUAAUGAGAUGGGUAACAAAUAAGGCAUAUGGAUUGAUUUAUUUGAAAAUUUUUGGGAGUAAGGUUAAUUAUAUAAAUAGUAAAUGUGAAGUUAUUUAUGAAGGAGAAUAUAAAAAUGAUAUUAAAAGAGGAUAUUGGAAAACAAUUUAUAAGGUUUAAUAGAUGUAAGUUGAAUAUAUAUUGAAAAAAGAGGAGGUGGUUAUUAUAAUUAAAAUGAAUUGAAGCAUGGGAAAUGGAUAGAUUUAGAUGAGAAUUUCAAUGAGUACAAUUUGAAAAUUUAAAAAUAGUAUUUAUUAAAUGAGUUAUGAAGGAGAAUAUAAUGAUGGUAAAAAAGUAGGGCUAUGGUAUGUAAAUAAUGGAGGAAAGAUAUUUGGAAUAGGAAUUUACAAUUAAAAUGGUAAUAAGAAUGGAAAAUGGAGUAAAUUAUAAUUUUAGAAUUUGGAAUUUGGUUAAAGUAUUGAAAGUGGAUAAUAUAGAAAUGGUUUAAAGAUUGGAAAUUGGAAUAUAAUUUAAAAUAAUACAAAAAUGUAUUGAGUAUAAUAAUAAUAUAGUGAUGGUGGUUAAUAUGAUGAAAAUGGUAUAAAGUAGGGUAUGUGGAUAGAAUUAGAAAAAAAGUAAAAUGAUAUAUAUAUGUUAUAAAAAUAAGUGAAUAAAAUGUUGGAGAAUAUUUUGAUGGUAAGAAGGUUGGAAUGUGGGAUAUUAUAUUUAGAAAUAGCAUAACGUAUUAAUAGAGUAAUUAAUUGAUAGUGGUGGAGGUUAUUAUAAUGAAUAAGGAUAAAAAUAAGGGAAAUGGAUGGAAUUAUAUGAGAAUUAUAAUAGGUAAUAUUAGAAAUAUGAAUAUAUAUAAUUUAGUUAUUGUUAAGUUAUUUAUAUAGGUGAUUAUGAAAAUGGUAUUAGGAAUAGAAAAUGGAAAACAAUUUUUGAUAAGAAAUUGAUGUAAUUAAUAAUAAAUAUAAUUAAAUAGAGGUGAAGGAUGUUAUAAUAAUUAAGGAAUGAAAUGCGGAUUAUGGGUAGAUUUACAUGAGAAUUUUGAUUAGUAUACAAAUAGAAUUAUGAAGUUUAGUUUUUGUUAAAUUGUUAAUGUUGGUAAAUACGAAAAUGAUUAGAAAUAUGGAGAAUGGAAGAGUAUUUAAUGUAAUAUUAAUGCAAUGAUGUAUUUAUUUAUAUUAUAAGAAGUGGAGGAGGAAUAUAUGAUGAGAAUGGAAUGAAAAAUGGUUAUUGGAUUGAUUUAUAUGAAAAUUAUUAAGAGUAGAUAAUAUGCAUAUAAAAGUGAGUGUUAAAUUGUAUUUGUUGGAGAAUAUAAAAAUGGAUUUAAAUUUGGUAAGUGGAAGACAAAAUACAAGAAUCAAAAUAAAAAUGAAGAAAUGUAAUUAAAAUAUAGUAAUUAAAUUUAGAGGAGGAGGAUCUUAUGAGAAUCAUGGAAUUAAAGAAGGUUAAUGGAUUGAUAUCCAUAAUAACUUUAAUAGGUAUAAAAAUAAUAUCAUAUAGCUAUUUUUAAAUAAUCUAUGUAGGACAAUAUAAUAAAGGAAUUAAAUAAGGAAAGUGGGUAAUUAAAUAUAAAUAAUCUGAUGGAUACUUUUUUAAAACUAUGUAAACUUAUAAUAUAUAAUUUAGUGGUGGUGGAUUAUAUGAUCAUUAAGGAUUUAAAUAAGGAAAUUGGAUUGAAUUUUAAUCAACAUUUUAAGAGUGAU